UGGCUGGGGAGAGAGAGCUCAGGGCCGGGUCCAGCCUCCUGUCCUGCACCCCGUGUCAGUCCUCAGCUGGGCACAGACGCACGCACACCGCCCCGGCCCAGCCUCGCCCUCUCCGACCCAAUGGCCCAGCUCCAGGCUCGGUUCUUCACCGAGAACCACAAGUAUGUAGUAGAUGAUGUUCCAUUCUCUAUCCCAGCAGCCUCUGAAAUUGCUGAUCUCAGUAACAUCAUCAAUAAAUUGCUGCAAGCUAAACAUGAGGACCACAAAUAUGUGGAGUUUGAUUUCCUUGUCAAGGGCCAGUUCUUGCGUAUGUCACUGGUCAAACACAUGGAAGCGGAAAACAUCUCAACAGAGGAAGUGGUGGAAAUAGAAUAUGUGGAGAAGUACACUGCACCUCAACCCGAGGAAUGCAUGUUCCAUGACGACUGGAUCAGUUCUAUUGAAGCUACGGAAGAAUGGAUCUUGACUGGCUCUUAUGAUCAGACUUCUCGAAUCUGGUCUUUAGAAGGAAAAUCCAUCAUGACAAUUGCUGGGCACACAGAGGUGGUGAAAGAUGUGACAUGGGUGAAAAAAGAUAGUUUGUCAUGCCUGCUACUCAGUGCCUCUCUGGAUCAGACUAUCCUGCUGUGGGAGUGGAAUGUAGAGAGGAACAAAGUGAAAGCCCUUCACUGUUGUAGAGGACAUGCUGGAAGUGUGGACUCUAUAGCAGUUGACUGCACAAGAACUAAAUUCUGCAGUGGAUCUUGGGAUAAGAUGUUAAAGAUCUGGUCUGCAGUGCCUACAGAUGAAGAGGAUGAAAUAGAGGAAGCAGCAAACAGACCAAGGAAGAAGCAGAAAAUUGAACAGCUGGGACUAACCAGGACUCCCAUUACAACUCUUUCUGGCCAUACUGAAGCCAUCUCCUCUGUGCUGUGGUCAGAUGCUGAAGAAAUUUGUAGUGCAUCAUGGGAUCAUACAAUUAAAAUAUGGGAUGUGGAGACAGGAGGUCUCAAAUCAACUUUGACCGGAAACAAAGUAUUUAAUUCUAUCUCCUACUCACCAUUGUGUCGGCGUCUAGCAUCUGGGAGUACUGACAGACACAUUAGAUUAUGGGAUCCCCGCACUAAAGAUGGUUCCUUGGUACUCCUCUCUUUGACCUCUCACACUGGCUGGGUGACGUCUGUGAAGUGGUCCCCUACACAUGAGCAACAGCUAAUCUCAGGUUCUCUAGACAACGUUGUCAAGAUUUGGGACACAAGGAGUUGCAAGGCUCCUCUCUAUGAUUUGGCUGCUCAUGAAGACAAGGUUUUGUGUGUGGAAUGGACAGAAGCAGGGUUGCUGUUGAGUGGAGGGGCAGACAACAAGCUAUAUUCCUAUAGAUAUUCAGCAACAACCUCUGAUGUUGGAGCAUGAAAAUGAAUGGCAAGAAGAUUUUAGAGGUUACUUUCCAGUAGCCCUAACCUGUUGGAAGUUUUUAGAUAACAUACAGUUCAGCAUCUGAAGAAAACAGCCUCCUAGAAAAACUGUCUGCUUCUACUUUGUACCAGAGAGCAGCCCUUUCUGGUUUUUGUAUUAUAGCAACAUGUAUAUGUAUUUAUAACAGACAGACAGAACCACCAAGCAACCUCACGCUUAUCUGGUCUGAUAUUGAAAUCAAACAUUUGUCUCCUUUUCUCUCAUAAGGACUAUAUAAAGAACAUUGGAGUUUAUUAAAAGUAAAGUGUUACUGAGAUUGCUAGAUGAAUUACUCACUAAACUAAAUUAUUUUGUAUUAAUUCACAUUCUCUUUUUUAUAAAGCUUUUAUCUAUAAAGUUCAGUAUAGU